AUGUCUGGUGCUCGGAAUAUCUCUGCGGCUCUGCGCCGGGCUCGACUCCCGCGUCCUCGUCUCGCCCUCCGUCCCAUCCUCCCCACAUCACAAUGUGCCACCGUGCUGCGUAGCUUCAGCGCUAGCUCCACUGUCCGGGCCGACAAGCAAAUCAAGUACACCAGCGACGCCUACCCCAACCUCAAGCGAAACCCCGAGUUUGGCGAAAUCUCCGCUGAAGAUGUCGCUUUCUUCAAGCAGCUCCUCGGCUCUGAGUCCGCUGUCAUUGAUGGCGUGACCACUGAUGCGACAGACGACCUCGAGCCCUUCAAUGCAGACUGGAUGCGGAAGUACCGUGGUCACACAAAGCUGGUCCUGAAGCCUGGCAACACAGAGGAGGUCAGCAAGGUACUGAAAUACUGCAAUGACCGUAAGCUGGCCGUUGUGCCUCAAGGUGGAAACACUGGCUUGGUGGGUGGUUCGGUACCUGUCUUCGACGAGAUUGUCGUCAACACCUCGCGGAUGAACGAGAUUCGCUCUUUUGACCCGGCCUCCGGUGUCCUUGUCGCCGACGCUGGUGUCAUUCUCGAGGUCGCUGAUCAGUAUCUCGCCGAGCGGGACCACCUCUUCCCCCUUGAUCUCGGUGCUAAGGGUUCCUGCCACAUUGGAGGUAAUGUCUCCACCAAUGCGGGUGGUCUGCGUCUGCUGCGUUACGGCAGUCUUCACGGCACUGUUUUGGGUCUCGAGGCAGUCCUGCCGGACGGGACUAUCGUCGAUGCUCUGUCCACCCUCCGCAAGAACAACACCGGUUACGAUCUCAAGCAGCUCUUCAUUGGUUCUGAGGGUACUAUUGGUUUGGUGACUGCGGUCUCUAUCAUCUGCCCGCCUCGCCCCAAGGCUGUCAAUGUUGCGUACUUUGGUCUGGAGAGCUUCGAGCAGGUCCAGCAGGCUUACUUGGCUGCUAAGGGUCAACUCUCCGAGAUCCUGUCUGCCUUUGAGCUGAUGGACGGUCGUAGCCAGGGCUUGGUCAUCGAGUCUACUGGUAACAAGCACCCUCUUGAGGGCGAGUACCCGUUCUACUGCUUGGUUGAGACCAGCGGCUCGAAUGCAGAGCACGACAUGGAGAAGCUGGAAUCAUUCCUGGAGAGUGUGAUGAGCGACGGUAUUGUUGCUGACGGUGUCCUGGCACAGGAUGAGACCCAGUUCCAGGCUCUCUGGCGCUGGCGUGAGGGUAUUACAGAGGCUCUGAGCCACCUCGGUGGUACCUACAAGUAUGAUGUUUCCAUCCCUCUGUCUGAUCUGUACCUGCUGGUUGAGGACUGCAAGACCCGUCUGACCGAGAUGGGCUUCGUCGGUGAUGAUGACUCUUUCCCCGUGCGUGCGGUUGUUGGUUACGGUCACAUGGGUGACUCCAACUUGCAUCUGAAUGUUUCAGUGCGUCAGUAUAACAAGGAGGUCGAGAAGGCCAUUGAGCCCUGGGUCUAUGAAUGGAUCCAAAAGCGCAACGGUAGUAUCAGUGCUGAGCACGGUCUUGGUGUUGCUAAGAAGGAGUUCAUUGGCUACAGCCAGAAUGAGACAAUGGUCAAGUUGAUGAAGCAACUGAAGGCGCUUUAUGAUCCGAAUGGCAUCAUGAACCCUUACAAGUACAUCUAA